UUUACUUUCAUAGAAAUAUUAAUAAUUAAAUUUGUAAAAAUGGAAUUGACUGAUUUACCCUACGAUUGUUUAUCGUGUAUAUUUGAUUGUUUUUCGAAUCUUAAACAACUUUUGGAUUUGUCAACAGUUUGUAAACAAUGGAACAUUUUGGUGAAACAGCGAUUGAAAAAAAUUCGACAUUUACAUGUCAUUAGUGAAUCCUAUUUAUCAUAUGUCCCUUUUUCAUCUGACAAUCACAUCUACACGGAUGAUGUUGGAUUAAUGGAGAGAGUAAAUGUCUCUCAGUUUUUACCGAACCUCAAGUUUUUAUCCUUGAGUCGUUAUCUGGGUCAAAAAUGUACUGGUAAAAUGAUGGUCAAUAUUUUGUCAUCAACAGCGAAACCGCUGGUUGGACUCAUGUGUGUAGAUCAAUGCUGUACGAGCAAUGAUUCCCUACAAUCUGGUCAUGUCGAUAUCGAUGAGAUUGUUAAACACUGUGGCAGUCUCGAGUAUAUGGAUAUAUUGGAUGAACUUUUUCGAGACAGUUAUUUCUUUAAACAUAAAUUCGGACAAAAUUUGAAACACUUUGACGGUUAUGUCUUACGGUCCUACAAUGAAGAUGAAGAUUAUGAUUCCAUGGAGGAAGAAAUAAAUUUAUCAUGUCGCUACUUGGAGCAAAUGCCAAAUCUUGAAGUUCUGAAUCUGGAAACCCCAUUAAGUAAAUUAUAUCAAAUAAAUUAUUGA